AUGGAUGAGGCUUUCGCGCAUAUUGAAAGUGAUGAGAAGAAGUCUAAGAAGGGGCUGGUACCUCCAGACGGAGGUUGGGGAUAUGUGGUCGGAAUAGGAGUGGGAUUCACAUUCAUGUUGGGAUUUGGCUCUUCAAAUGCUUUUGGCAUAUUGUUUCAUAAUUUCUUUUUGGAGCAAGGCAGUGCCAGUGGUCUACCAUUAGUGAUAGGAGUCUAUAAUGGAGCCCUUUCAAUAGCUGGGUUCUUAGGAGGCAUCGCUUUGAAGCGAUAUUCUUUUCGUCAGGUGGGUCUCGUUGGAGCUGGACUCUUUGUGCUUGGCGAUGUUCUCACAAUAUUCGUUCAGAAGACUUAUCAAUUAGUGUUUACAUUUGGAGUAGUAAGAGGGGCUGGUUUUGGUAUGAUGAUACCAGUAAGCUUCACCGCAUUUAACUGUUAUUUCACCAAGAAAAGAACAGCUAUGAUGAGCGCCAAUCAAGCAAUGAGCAGUUUGGCGUCUAUAACCUUCCCGAUGCUGGUGACAUUCCUUCUCUCGGAGUACGGGUUAAGAUGGACCCUCGCUUUAAUUAUGGCUGUGGACCUUCAUCUAGUCUUUGCUAUGCUAGUCAUGCAUCCUGUUGAAUGGCAUAUGAUUAAAUCUGAGGAAUAUGUUGAAAAAGAAUUAAGUGAUAUAAACAGUAUUAAGAAGGAAAACUACGAUGAGUUUGCGGUAAGAAUGUUGCCAGCUGGUGAAGAUGAGACAGAAGUUAGACCUGUUAAAAAGAGAAAGAAAGAAUCAAUGAAGAUGAACAUAGUAAAAAUUAUAUGUGAAAAUGUAGAGAUGGACUUAUUAAAAGAUCCCAAGUUUGUGAGCACGCUGGUUGGACUUGGAUUUGCUUUCGUGUCCGAUGUAACGUAUUUGGCGAUGGAACCGAUGCUCCUAUUUUCAUACGGAUUUUCAAAGAUGCAGGUAGCAACGUGCGUGAUGGUCGGGGCGAUAUCUGAUUUAUUAGCAAGAUUAGUGCUCGCUGUAGUCACUUAUUUCAUUGUUGUCGACAGCCGAUUAAUUUUCUUCAUAGGCACCUGUAUAACUGUUUUUCUUCGUAUUGGUUUAGUAGCCACAAGUUCAUUGUGGGUUGUAUUUGGCAUCACUGCAGUCUCUGGGCUGGUGAGAUGUUCGGUCCAAGUAUUGUUCCCGCUGGUCCUAGUCGGUGCAGCACCGGACAGGUUCCCUGCAGCAUUAGCUCUGCACAUAUUGUUCUCUGGUACACUCAUGAUGUUAGCUGACCCCAUGAUUGGGGUGCUGUAUGAAGCUACAGGCAGCUACGUGUACUGUUUCUUCGCAAUGAGCUUCUGUUGUUUAGUCUGUGUCAUGCUGUGGAGUAUAGAAUACUUAGUCUACCGCAAAGGUAGGACGAAUAGUAAUAGAGGAUUUUAG